AUGUCUUGUACCGAAGAGUCUGAUGAUCAUUGGAGUUAUAAUGAUCCAUCCAAAUGGCAUGAACAUUUUCCAGCUGCUGGUGGUACCUCUCAAUCGCCUAUCGAUAUUAAGUCUCACCAAACGGUCCCUGAACAAUAUCCGCCAUUCGAAUUUUCUUCUGAUCACCAAUGUGAAAUUAACUUUACAUUGACAAACAAUGGUCAUCAGGUUACUGUUACAGUACCAAAAGAUUCUGAAAAUCAAAAUCAAACAGAUUUAUCGUUUACUGGUGGUGGACUAAUUGGAAAAUUUAAUUUUGUCAAUUUUCAUUUACAUUGGGGUAGAAUAGAUAGACAUGGAUCUGAACAUGAAAUUGAUGGACAUACAUUUCCAGCUGAAGGACAUUUUGUCUAUAAGAAUUUUGAAACUCAACAAAUUUCUGUAUUUGGAUUCUUUUUUCAUGUUAUUCGUUCAUACAACAAUGAAAAUAAUGAAUGGAGGAAAUAUACACAUAUUGCAAGUCUAUUAACAAAUGUCGGUGAUACAAUGAGUUGCACUUUCAAGUUAAGUCAUCUGAUGCAAAUCGAGAACAGACAAUUUUUUCGUUAUAUGGGUAGUUUGACAACACCACCGUGCACUGAAGGCAUUAUAUGGACAAUAUUUCUCGAACCAAUUGCAAUAACCGAAGAAAGCUUAAAUCUACUUCGUAAUAACGUGAUGCGAAAAACCUAUCGACCAGUUCAACCAAUAAAUGAUCGAAUCAUUCACAAGAAUUAUGAUCAUUGA